AUGUCAGCCACUCUCUGCCUAACUACGUUGCAGGCCCUGCAGCAUAUAGAGAAGCUGCGCGGCUAUGUCAACUAUGACUCCUGGCGGCUCCUCAUCAUGGCCAAUGCCCGCGCUCUGGGACUCGCCUCCCACCUCGACGGGUCUGCGCGGAAGAGCUCGUUGAUACCUCGAGCGAAAGAGGCUCAUGCAACUGCCGAGUCAUGUGCCCGCGUCCUCAUCUUGGGCUCGAUUGCACCAAACCUCUUGCCGGUGCUGCUGGAGCGCGGGCUGCAGGACAACACCUCUGCCGCCGAUCUGAUGAUGUGGCUGCAUUCCACGGUCAGCCCACGAGAGGCCACCGAAGCGGCCCACAAUGACCUGGCAAAGCUCAUGCGCAUCAAGCGCAAGGAUUUUCCGUCCAUGGAAGCCUAUAGCAAGGAGGCCCUGAAUCUGUGGGCUCGCAUCAGUGACUGCUGGCCGAGCAGCGCCAUGGUCAUCGCCGCAAUGUCCAUCCUUGAGGGCAUGAGGUCGUAUAACGAGAACGCGUAUUUAGGCUGGAAGCACUUUGUCAUUGACAAGAAGGGCAUGCUUUCUCAGCAGAAUCUGCUUGAUCUUGCGAUGGCGUUGAGGGACCACCAGGAAGACCGACAUACCUCGUCUUCUAUCCGUGUGAUGGAUAUGAUUGUCGAAGAAGAGGAGAAAUCAGACCAUUCAGGUACUGAAAGAUAA